GGAGAAAUAUUGAUAGAGACAUCAGAAGUCAACAAGAAGAUGACACGUCAAGGUGUUAAUUUAUUUGUGAUAUUUGCAUUGUUAUCAAUUGCAAUUGCAAAAUCACCACCUGGUCCGUCACCAUGGUCUGCUUAUGCAUCAAAACCAGUUUAUGCCAGAGCAUUGGGUCCACCAGGUGGAAUUGGUUCAAUAACUGUUCCCUACAAGCCAAAAGUAUCGCCUUUCUUUCCAAAAUUUGUUGAUCCAUCAAUGAUGAUUGCCAAAAAGACAGAUAUGCUGUCAAAUUUUUUUGGCGGUACCUAUCCUGGAACAUUAACAUCUUUUUAUGGACCAGCUAAACCAGCCCCAUCUUAUGCUGAUGAUACAAGUAAAGAUGUUAAUGAUCUUGAAGAAAUUUUGGGUGAUAAAUCAUCGAGUCCAUUAAAACGUGGAAUCUUCGGACCAGUUGUACCAAAAGUUGGACCUGUUGCACCGAAAUUUGGACCAUUUGGACCUAAAUUUGGACCUGGAUCAUUGCCAUUUACACCAUUUGGUCCAUUUGGAGGAAAAUUUGGUUCAUAUGAUGGUUCAGAUGUCAGUGGUUCAUCUGAAACAGCAACAAAUUCAUUUGAUUCACGUAGAAAAAGAAGUAUAACUGAUACAGCAUCUGUAACUCCACCACCGUAUCCAGGACUUGGUCCAAUUGCUGAAGAAUCAGAAGAUGACACAGCUGGAAUACCAAAAUCAUUUUUCCCUGGAAUGUUUGGACCUUUUGGAUCAUUUAAACCAGUCAGUCCAUUUGCUGCUAGUCCUGUUGUUGAUCCAACUAUAUUUAUUUCUAAAAAAAAAAGUUUUCUUGAUUCAUUAUUUAAAACUCUUGCAACAAGUACGCCAGCAACAGCAGCAGCAGCAGCAGUUACUGAUGCUCCAGUAGCAAAACCAACAGAUUUUCCAGCAGAUUUUUGGUCAUCAUUUGAAACAGUUACUGCAGCUCCUCCAGUUGCUAAAAGUACAGUUGUUCCUCCUGGUUAUUGGGCACCAUCUGCUAUUAUUCCAGGACCAUUAGAAUAUUCAAAUAAAGUUUCUGAUUUUUUAGAUAAAUUAUUUGACAGUAUUAAACUUAAUAAAACAACAGUAUCACCAAAAAUUGCAAGAUCAUUAAUAUCAGAAAAUGAAUUUCCAACGACAAAAGUUGCUAGAUCAGUUGAUGAUUUUACAACAAUAUCAGCAGCAAAAGAUGCAAUUGUUGAUUCAAUAAUUGAUGAGCUUACUUCAUUAAAAACUGAUAUGUUUAAUACAAUGAAUGAUUUUAUUGCUGCACAAACACCAGCAGUACCUGUAUCACCAUUUCCAACAAAACCAACAAAACCAGGAAAAGUUGGUAAACCAAUAAAACCAACAUCACCAUUUAAAGCAGCUUUUGCAUCGAUGUGGGCACCACCACCACCAGUAGACACAACUUUACCAUUUAAACAAAAAAUGACUGUUUUAAGUCAAGUAUUUGACAUGUUGACUGGUUUACAAAAAAAUAUAACACUUGCUAUUCAAGAUUCAAUUGCAAAAUCAUCAUCAUCAUCAGCUGAUGCCACAAGUGAUGAUUUAAAUGCCGUUCAAAGUCUUGCUUCAAGUACAGAUGUUGCUGCUCAAUUAAAUUCAACACUUUUAGAUGCAAUUAAAAAUAAAUUAGACAGCCUAGAUGCACCAGCACCAGUUGAUCCUUUUUAUGUUGGUAAAUAUGCAAGAGCAUUGUCAUCAUCCUCAUCACCAGGUAGUGGAACACCAUUCUGGGCAAAUUCACCAAGUGCUACUGAAAAAAGACAAGCCAAUUAUGACGGUAAUGGUGAUGAUGAUGAUGAUGUUUAUGAAGAAUAUCAACACAAUCAAAAUAACAACAACAACAAUCAUGAUCAAUUUAAACGUGGAGUUAAAAUGGCAAUGCAUCAAGGCUAUCAGAGUAUGCCUCCUGGAACAAUUGAAAGUGUACAAGCUGGUGGUGGUUCUGUUCCUGGACAUCAGGGUGGCGGUAUUAAACUUCUUAUUAAAAUGCCGUCAUAUUCCCCAGCCAAUCAAAAUGAACAAGAAAAUGGCAAUUAUGAAGAUUAUUCUAAUCAAUGGACAAACUGGGUAGAAUAUAUGAAAAAUCAAAAUGAAGGAAGACGAAAUAAUCAUCAUCAUAAUCGUCAUUAAAUAUUGAUUAAAAAAAAAAUUAUUAACCACCAAUGCUGC